GGCCAGCGUAGAGUGCUCUGGUGCGCGCAUAGUGUGCCUCUGAGCGUAGCUACGCUCCGAUUCUUUAGACGAUCGGCGGGCAACGGUUCAUAUCGCGACCGAUGCGAUUGACAACUUGGUCCGUGGUCAGCGCGACGCUUGAUUAGUGCAAAAGAUAUUGUGUUGUUUUGGUUCGCUUCGGAUUUGUGUUCGUUACGUACCGCGACCGGUCGACCGAGCAAAAACCUGUUUCGCGUGUUUCGUGGCCGGUAAUGUGUGUGGAUAACCGGCGCAAACCAGUUAGCGGACGGUGGGCAAGUCCCAACCGUGUAUCGUGGGCGCAAGAAUAACGAUUUUCCCGAACAUCUUCGACCGAAAAUUCCGAAGAACUGGUUUCGGGUUAGCGUAGCGCCCGUGUCUGGUCGCCGGCCGAUAAUUUGUUGACAUUCGGUUCCGUUUCGAAGCCCAAGGUGCCAAAAUGUGUCUCGCCGUGGCAGCAGUCCGACGGUAGCUAUCGUCGCCGGGGGAUCGUCUAGUGUUGAGCUACUGCUGAAAACUGCUGCUGUUGCCGGCGUUCUAGUGCUGGUCAGUGCUCCAUUGUGUGUUCUUGUGCUGUGAAAAGGGAAACGCGUCUUUCGUGUGGCGGUCGUAAGAAUGGGUGGCCGGAUCUUCGUCUCGCUGCUGGUGCUGUUCGGUGUGCGGUACAGUGCGUGCAACAGUUUGCCGUGUGAUUUUAUCGAUUCGGUCAACAUUACCGAUGGGUUGCGGCUAGCGAACGGUAGCGUCAACCACAAUGGUAUCGUGUACAGUCCGACCUACUAUCGCGAGAUCGACUACGAUUAUGAGGACUUUGCGACGCGUAAGUACGUUCCACCGUACAUCCGCGGGUGUCUGUGCGCGGUGCGGAUCUGCGUACGGUUGUGCUGCCGCGAUAAUGAGCAUCUGGCCAUCGGUUGCACGAAGGCGGACAUGGUGUUCCCGAUCCGGGCCAACGUGAGCGUGAACGCGAGCCGGGAGAUGAUUGAUCUGCGCGAGAGCCCAUCGUAUGGGUUUCUGCACGGUAAGCCCUGUGCCCAGGUGUACGAGCUGUUGCCACAGGAUAGUCCGCACGAUGAGUGGACGAUUGCAAGGAAUGGUAGCCUUAUCAUUGAGGAGGGAAUGCUGAUACCACGGAACCAGUACUGUCUAGCACCGCGCUACAAUGAGACCUAUGUUUCCGGUCUGGUUUGCUUCGUCGCCGAUCCCGAGUUCCGGUAUCAACUGUAUCCAGUCGGCAUGCUGAUUUCGGUGCCAUUCCUGCUGAUGACAUUCUUCGUGUAUGCCUGCAUCCCGGAGCUGCGCAACAUGCACGGUAAAUCGUUGAUGUGCUACGUGCUGGGACUGAGCGUUGGCUAUACGGUGCUGUCGUUGGUACAGCUGAAGGUGUUCCCCGGUUCGAGUAUUUCGUGCGCCAUCUCCGGCUAUAUCGUCUACUUCUCGUUCAUGGUCAGCUUUUUUUGGCUCAACGUCAUGUCGUUCGAUAUUUACUGGACGUUCAAAGGCGUGACUGGUGUUCGCAGCACGGAAACGAAGAAGUUCGUACUGUACUCGCUGUACGCGUGGGGUUGCCCGAUCCUGCUGGUAGCGGCCGCACUCGUGGCCGAUCACACGGAGCUGCUGCCCGUCUAUCUGCGUCCACAGUUUGGCCUUACCCGGUGUCUCUAUGUCGAGAACAAGCUGAUCGAGUUUAUCUACCUGUACCUGCCGCUGCUGAUUUUGGUGUUUAUGAAUGUGCUGUUCUUCGUCGUGACCGCCAUACGCAUCUUUAAGAUCCAGUGCGAAACGUCCAUGAUACGCCGUGGUGACUCGAAACGCCAUACCAAGCUGGACAAUGAUCGCGAUCGCUUCGGACUGUACCUGCGCCUGUUCAUAGUGAUGGGUGUGACCUGGUCGCUGGAAAUCAUCUCCUGGGUCGUCGAUAACAACGCGUGGAUAUUCUACGUUUCGGACGUGUGCAACUGCAUCCAAGGGUUCCUCAUCUUUGCCCUGUUCGUGCUGAAGCAGAAAAUCAAACGAUUAAUCUACCGACGGUUCGGCAUACGAGAGGUACGGCAGGAGCAAGCGAUGUCUUCGUGCAGCACACGUACAACCGCCUCCACGAUCUCCUCCUUCAAUAGUUCCAAGUCGGAGAAACCAUUAGUCUUGGCAAACAACUCCAGCUUGGCACCGGUUCCGUCGCGUCGACUAUGGAGCGCCUUUGGGGCGUGCGAGCGAAAGGGGGAUCCGCUAUGGUCCCUCACAGUACUUCCACGACGAGUCUGGCGUUCGGCGGGGUUGUGUUUGCCGAGUGCGUCAGUGUAUCUAUGUGUGCUGUACGACCGCCAUCGAUCAAUGCUUGGUGAGCGAGUUGCAGGUCAACAUCUCGGAUCCGACCGGUGCUGGACCGCAUCAAAUGGAGGAUCUGAUGGCGGACGACCGGUACUAUCUGCUGUACUCACUACCACCCUGCCACGGUGGUACAGUGCUGUCGAUUUCCGGGAAC